UUAAAGCGUAUCUGUAUUUUUGUGUAUACGCCUCUGUGCACACAAAACAGUCAAGGCGAUAUAUUGGCGAUCUGUUUUGGUUUUUGUCAGAUGCGUUUUGGCAAUUACUUGAAGAUGGAAGGCUUUAUGUGGAAACUCGCUAUCUUUGCCCUGUUAGUUAUUGGGUCCUCUGCUGAAGAUUGCAAGGAUGAUUAUCUAUCUUGCGUCGUAUCUAAGGCCAAGGGUAAUCUGUAUUGCGAACCUUCCUCGAUGAAAUAUUGUAAAAAGAGCUGCAACGAAUGCCAAGCCAGCGAGUAUACACCCUCUGUCUGUGAGGACCAAUUUGUUGAAUGCCCUCUAUAUAAGAGGUUGGGUGAAAUGGAUUGUAGCAGAUCUGCCGUAAAGGCUGCUUGCAGGAAAACAUGCAACGCUUGCGAUACUGAUGGUACUCCCAACAAGCGAGCUGGUCUACUGGGUCCGAUCGACCCAUACCGUCUAGUUUGCAGGGACGAAGCAGGUCGUUGGUGUAGUACAACUACAAAUCUGAGAUGUGAUAUUCCCUUUAUAAGCAAAAAGUGUCAGAAAAGUUGUGGAGUUUGUGAAGACACAGGGGAGACAGAGUGUGAGGACCAGAGUGAAUUAUGCCCUUUGACUGCAUUUGAUGAUAUGUGUGGUCCAGAAGAGAUAAGAAACAGAUGUCCAAAGAGUUGUGACGUUUGCGGCAGUGGAUUUGCAGAUAAGAUUAGAAAACUAUGUCGGGAUUACAGUCAUGAAUGCGGCCGCUCUAAUUUUUGUUUUUCAAGACGGCAUGCGAAAGAACUCUGCCCUAAGACGUGCGGAUUCUGCAAUUUUAUGUAUGACAUUUGAAAUCCUCAGCUGUCGUUGAUUGACCAUUGUGGAAAUAUGGACACCUAGUGACUAAAAUGCAAAAAACUUACUUUUAAAGCAGCACUGUGUAACUCUUUAGUUAAAUAAAAUCUGUAUCGAACUAAAGUUCAGUUAGAAGUAAAAUCAGA